GUUAUGUGUUAUGUAUGCUAUGUAUGCAUGGUAUGAUAACGGUAGGGUCUGUAUAAUUGAGCAGUAUAACUAAUCAAAAAGAAUGCUAAAAACUUUUGUUGCGGAUGGGGGUUUAGCUGGAUCCAUAACCGUAAAAGAAUAUAAAGGACAUUAUUUUCCAGCGAGUGUUCCCGAUAUACCUUUACAGUGGAAACAUAUGCAGUCAUUUAAAGCCGAAGACAAUGAUGUCAUAAUUUGUUCAUAUCCAAAAUCAGGUUUCCAUUGGAUAUGGGAAGUAGUGACGAUGCUACUUAAUAACACAUCGGUUAUCUCAAAGGAACUACCAGCGAAAUAUGUUUUAGAAUCUGGAACUAUCAAAAAUGUGCAACAGUCACCACAACCAAGAGUUCUAGGCAGUCAUUUGUAUUAUGAAGAACUUCCUGCUUCUAUAAGACAAAAUAAAUGUAAAAUAAUUAAUGUUAUACGAGACCCAAGAGCAGUAGCAGUUUCAAGCUAUCAUUUUUUUACCAAAAUAAAAGAGAGUAAAUGGACUGGCACCUGGGCUGGUUAUCUGAAUCUGUUUGUAAACGGCAAAGUUCUGUUCAACGGUUGGUUUCAACAUACAAAAUUAUGGGAGGGAGUUAGACAAAACAAUCCUGAUAAUCCCAUACAUGUUCUAUCCUAUGAAGAUACAAAAAAGAAUCCAUUUGAUGAAUUUAAAAGACUCUCCCAAUUUCUCCAGCUAGAUGUAACAGACUCAAUGAUAAUGACCAUUGCAGAAAACACAAACUUUUCGCAAAUAAAAACAUCCAAAAAGACGAUUGCUGAACACCGGUUAGGAAGUGUAUUUGUAGGCAAUACAUAUCCUUUAUAUAGGAAAGGUACAGAAGACGACUGGAAAUCUUAUUUUACAUUGCAACAAAAUGCUGAAUUCGAACAUAUUUACAAGGAAAGAAUGCAGUACAACAAACUUCAGCUUAAAUCUAUCGUUAAACCCGGCAGUAACGCUACUGGUUGUGUAGAGACGACUAGUUAUGGAUCAAAGUUGUAGCUAUUUAUCAUUUUUGGCAAUACGUGCCAUAAUUAGUUCUCUUACUUGUUUUGCGAUGUUCCAAAACAAUCUGAAGGUUUUAUUUCAUAUCUGAAACCACAGAACUGGCAUGAACACAACAAGAUAGUAACUAAGAAUUUAAUUAUUAAACAACAGCUAGUAUUUAAAGUUGCGGGUUCACAUUUAUAUCAUAAACUGAACUGUUUUGUUAAAUUAUAGAACCGAGUUGCUUUAUUGCUAUAAUUUAUAUAUGCUUGCCUGCAACAUUUAAGGUUUGAUGAUUUUAUCACCAAUCGUAAUUACAGGUUAAUAAACAUGCAAAUAAUAAAAAUUUUACUCACGAUGUGUUAAAUGUACUAUGCUAUCUAGUUAAUAUGUUUACUGUAUAAUAGUUUAAGCUUGCAGAUAUG